AUGACUCGAGAAAAGGAUCUUUCACCUUUAAGGGUCAACAUUCGCGAUCGUUACCACUUAAGGAGUAUCGUCAUACGACAGUCGUUCCCUUUAAGAGGAUCGAUAUCAGCAUGCAUAGAAAUCUUACGGUGCGGAGGCAGAAGGUUUCGCGACGUCGCAGAACAUGCUGGAUCGUUCCGUUUCCAUUUCGAAAGACCGCAAGAACAUUCAAUCUUGAGACGAAAAUACCUGAAAGAUCGAGCAAAAGGAAAACAACGAGGAUUGGAUGAUGAAUGUUAUUGUAAAAAACAAGAGAUUGCAGACAAAUCUCAAUAUUUUCAUCCUAGCGCAACGAGUAUUAUCGAUCAUAGUUCUUUACAUUCCUCGCAGUCUCGGAAACUCUCGGAAGAAAUUGAAAAUACGAAUGAAAAACUGGUGGAUCGAAGAUCAACGAAUAUUAAUUCUGAUAUCGAAUCGCCAGACAAGCAAAGAUUCCAAACGAAUGAUCUCGAGAGCCAAAUACUCAGCCCUGAUACUCAAAAUGCAAUCGAAAAUGCUGAAAAAAUACUCGAGGAGGUUCAACAUACAAUCACAGAAGCUACUUUGAUAUCUUCGAAAAGUGAAACUAAACGUAGGAUUAAAAAGAAGAACUGGUAUUCCGAUAACUUGCAAUUAGAACCACCAUUAGAAGAUGAGAAAGAAGAAGCGCUAUACAUACGCGAACUCGUCUCGUCAAAACUACAAGAAAUUGAUCAAGAAAAUUCGGAAAGCAAUGCGGAAAGAAAAGAAAUGUUGACUACGAAAAUUGGAGAAAAACGAAAUAGAAGAAUCUCACAUUUGUUGGAUCCAAAAUUUCAAACUGUGAGAAGACGUUCCGGCGAUAUUUCUUAUCAACAUAAAAAUCACUGUUACGUACCCAAUGAACAAAUCGAAUCGCAUCAUCCGAAAGAUAAAAUUUCGGAUGAGAUGAAAAAAGAUGAUCCAGUUGAAAAUGUUAACAGACAGAAGAUAAAAUCAUUGACAAUUCAAAAAGGUCCGACGUUAAACAUCGAAAGAAAAUUGAAAAAACAAACAAUUAGGUUCGUUAAUAUUUCACCUGACGCAUCUUUCCUUCAAAAUCAAUCGAAUACAUGCGUUUACGAAUUUCGUCAUAAUUCUUGUACGAGUAAUAAAUCAUUAAAAGAUAAAUUGAUUAAUCGUUCAGAAGUGGGAGAAACAAAUGACGAGGUCGAUGAAAUUUCCGCUCGUUCAAUUGACACAAUGAAAUAUGUUAGAAAAGAUACAAAUGAAGAUGAUAACGUAAUCGAGUCAGAUAAAAAGGAAUAUCAAUCUAUUUGGAAAAACGAUGAUGAGAAAGACUUAAUAGAUGAAAGGAAGGAUGAUCUAUCGUUUGAAAAUGAAACAAAUAACGGCAGAAGGGAAGGAAAUAAAGAUCGAGAGACCGUUCCGAAACAUCUGCCAAAGACAGGUGUUAACGACCAUUUUCUUUCCAAUACCGAACUAAAUUCUUCUUUUCAUUCCGAUUGUAUUAAAAACUUAACGUCCGAACAAAGACAAUUUUUUAUUGAAAAUGUUCAUUCUGAUAGCGAUACAAAUACGAACAAAUUGUUAACUGAAAAUGAUAUUAAAGAUAUAAGUAAAUCCCUUGAUGAUGAUAAUGAAAAUAUUGAUAAUUAUACAAAAAAAAGUACAGGUAAUAUCCAAGAAGAAAUUAGAGGAGAUGAUAUCAAAUUAUUAAAAAAGAAAAAAACGAUAGACUAUAAGAAAAGUAUGAAAAUAAUGAACAAACACGAAUUUAUAAGAAACCGAGAGAAAAAGAUCGUCGAAAGUUUUGGUAAUAUUUGUCAAAAAUAUAAUCUAAGAAAUAAAUCAUCGUAUAAAUCAAAAUACGACAGCACAGUUUCUUCUAAUAACAGUUUAGAAGAAUCUGACUAUCGUAGUUUUAGCGAGCUUGAAUUAAAUGCACCUUCGAUUGAAAAUUUCGAUGAUAUAUUUGUUCAUUAUGACCAAAUGAUCGAACGUAUUUCUAAGGGCGAAAAGAAAUUAGAAAAAAUGUUGGAAGAAUUUCAAUUGAAAUUGUCUAUUCAAUUGGAUAAAAAUAAACUGUCUGAUAAUAUUGAAGUCACAUCUUGCGACAUAGUAGCUCUCAAAAGUGACGAUUGUAAAUUAAUGAAAUUAAAUCCUUCCAAAUUUCUGUAUAAACAUAAAAAAGAUGAAGAAUCAACGUUAUCUUUAUCGGACGAUACGAUGAUCGCUCUACCCAAAAGAGAUAAAUUACAAAUAAAUUCGUGUAUUACAAACGAUCAUUUGUCUCUGACGAAUCAAUUUCGUAAUUUGAAACGACGAGAAACUUCAAAAGUUUUUACGUAUCCAUUAGAACAGAAACAAAAUGAUCUAUUGAUUGAUACAAUUUUGACUCUGAACAAAUCUAAUUUAUCAUCUGUCGAUUUGAACGUAGAAAAUAUUUCGGACGAGAAUAAAGCGUUAGAUAUAUUUCCUAACAACGACAAAGCUACCGCUUGCGUUCCUCUUUCGACGAAUUAUCGGUCCAAUCGUUCUAAUGAUCCGGAAGAUUUGAGAAAGGACGAUAAACCUAAUCGAACGUCAUUCAAUAACGACGAAAUAAUUGUUCCUAGAAUUUCGAAAUUCUUAUUGGAACGUCAAGAUCAAUUUGUUGAUCGUUCAUCUUCAGAGAGGAAAAUUAAUUUUGACCGUUCAAUGGUGCAAGAUUUAAUGAAACAUUUACAAAUGUUUUCCAAUAAAUACGAUCACGAUAUUCCAACUAUUUUACAAAAAUUUAUUACCGAUUUCGCGAAUCAACGAGAAUCCGAUUUAUUCUUGAACUUUUUAUCGAUACAAAAACACGAUUAUGAAAACGAAAAAAAAACUUCAUCUAAAACAAUUGUGCGAGAUAACGAAUGCAAAAUGCAGAUAGAUGAUAUCUCUAAUGGAAAUUAUUUCGAUAAUACAGCAUGCAUUCCCAUACAACGUCAAGAUAAAUCCAUUGAAAUUCAUCCGUUAAAUUCUAUCGAAAUCGAAGAUACCAAAUAUUUGAUCAAUAAAAUAAAUCAAAAAGAAAUUCAAGUAUCAGAAAAAAGUACUCAAUACGAUAUUUCACUCGAACAAAAUACUCUUGAAUGUGAGAAUCAAAUUAUUGAAGAUAUUUGCAUCAAUAAAGAAAAUAUAGAGCAAAUAUCGGAAAUGAAAUCUGAAAUAGAAGAAUAUUCUUUAAAACAGAAUGAAGAAAAUGAUUCAAAUACUAUGAAAAUAGAUUCGAUUGCAAAUGAUGAUACCUACAAGAGAGAUAUGAGUUCUGAAAUAAACACAGUAACUCCUGAUUUGCAUUUACCUGGAAAAAUAAUUAAUAAGUUAUCGAACGGCGAAGAUAAUAGUAAUACGUCCAACGCAAAUACUGAAAAUAUACUUGAUACUAAUUUAGCUACGACUUCGUCGGAAACAUCUCACUCGGAAGGAGAAUUGUAUUUGCCGAGUUCUUGCUCGUAUUCUCUCGGAGAAGUUAGAGUUACGAAAAAUUCAGCAUCUGUAUGCAAUCGUGCGCUUGUUAGUAAUAGUACAUUAACUUGCGUAUACGACACCACUAGUUUAUUACAUUACAGUUCGGGCGAAAUAGUACAACAGGCGGAUAGCACCGAUACUUUCUAGAAUGCAAAUACAAAUUGAUGGCGAUGAUCAAUUUUUGUAUAUUUUAUUCAUAAAAAAUAUAUGUACAUACAUGUAAAUAAACAAUUUUUAAAGGAUAAAUUAUUAUCAUGAUAAUAUAGCAAAUGUUAUCUGAGA